CUGUAAUCCAUCCGCGUGGGAGCUUGGGAUCUUUGGUUCUGCUUUAGCCGAAGUAACCGUAGUCUCGUCGCUCAAACAUGUCCUAACGACGGUUGGAGUUGCCUACAGUUUAAGAAAAAAAACAUGUUGAAGAAUCAUACAACAUUUUUUGUGGUAAUAUUUAUCCUGUCUCAAUCAAGCGUGGUGAGCUUUUUGUCUUUGACAUCGCACGAGCAUGACGAGCUGGUGCUGGCAGAAGAAGCAACAGAGUCUGCCUUGGAGGACAGCCCCAGGUUUGUGGAGUCUGCAAACCCAAGAGCAGCCAAGAGGCAGUUCAAGACUGCAGAGAUCGCUGACGCCGUGAUGGGUACCGAGGCCUCCAUCGACCCAUCUGACAUUAAGUCGCUCAUCCCUAAAAAUGUGAAAGACUUCCACUCGGGCUUCUCGCCGCCUUGUGAGGACGGGGAGUGUGUGGGGGUCGCCGAGGAGGAGAAUGCUGAAGCAUCACAACAGGUGACACUGGACAUGGUGCACGCUGCUGCUGAAGACAAGAACACUGAGGCCGCCAAGACUUACAAGGUCACCUGUGACAAGAGGAAUGUCACAGGCACGGACACCUUCACCGUGCAAGUCCUCAACGCCUCACAGGACUUGAUGGAGUUCCUCAACGCAAAUGGCACCGAGUGUUCCAUGGUGCUCUUCUUCACCGCCUGGUGCCAGUUCUCGGCCAGCCUGGCGCCUCACUUCAAUGCCCUGCCUCGGGUUUUUCCCAGCAUGCACUUCCUGGCCCUGGACGCCUCACAGCACAGCAGUCUCUCCACCAGAUUUGGGACGGUGGCGGUACCCAACAUCCUUCUCUUCCAAGGAGCCAAGCCCAUGGCUCGCUUCAACCACACAGAGAGAACGCUGGAGAUGCUCACCUCCUUCAUCAGCAACCAGACGGGCUUGGAGGCGGGGCUAGACAGGAACGUGACGGACGCCGACCGUCUGGGCCCGCUGCCCAGCGUGCCGGUGAAGAGCAUCGACUGGUUGCUGGUCUUUUCGGUGCUGUUCAUCACGGCCUUCACCGUGUACGGCAUCUUGAGGACCGACAGCAUCCGAUGGCUGAUCCCGGGCCAGGAACACGAGCAUCAGGACUGAAAGACAGCCGCUGGAUGCGAUGGAACCUUUAAUAGGACGUUGGCUAUUAAGUCUGUUUUUCAUGUCGACAUUCCAAAGAGGGUUAAAAGUGAGCGCAUUGACGGAAAAGCAAGUGGAAGUUGGGUGUUGCUAUGAUAUGCUGUGAUGUCCCUGAAAUGCCAAUGCUGUUUGUAGGGUAAGAUGUGCCAGGCAGUCUUGCAUGGAGAAAGUGUACAUUUAAGUCAGGCUGUGAAGUGAACAGCUACAUUGAAGAGUGCAGAAUGUGCGAUACCACUGAUUUCAUUUCCAAUCCGAUACUCAGUAAAAUUCAGGUUGGUAUCACAUGAUGUGUGUGUGUUAAAUUUUAGAAAGUUGUGUGUUUCGCAUCACAGCAUAAAGAACACAAGAUAGUUAAUAUAUUGUUUAAAUAAAUUUAUUAUAAAUUUUAAACUCUGAAGUAUGUUGCAGUUUAUGAUAUUUUACAAUAUAGCAAGGCUAAUAUACAACAACAGAAAAAACAGAGAAAUCAUACUAAAUAUGUGAUUAUGGUAUUUUUAAACAAUGUAAAAAAAAAAAAG